AUGGUUACUGGAGUAAACGCCAGCAUGCCGACCGGAGGUGUCACCGUUGGUGCCACUCCACCGGCCCAGCACGUGCCACAGGAGGCCGUGCAGCCUCCGACGGCACAGACCACCACCACCACGGCCACAACCACGACACCGGCCGCACCAAGGAGGUCCAGCGAGAACCGACGGAGCAACAAGCCCAUCAUGGAAAAAAGACGUCGCGCUCGCAUCAACAACUGCCUGAAUGACCUCAAGGCACUCAUCCUGGACGCAAUGAAAAAAGACCCAGCCAGACACUCGAAACUCGAAAAAGCCGACAUACUCGAAAUGACUGUUAAGCACUUGGAGACUCUCCAGCGUCAACAGGUUGCUCUUGCGUCCGCCACCGACCCGAACGUGCUCAACAAGUUCCGUGCAGGUUUCACCGAAUGCGCUAACGAGGUCGGCAGGUUCCCCGGACUCGAGGCUUCCAUGAAGCGCCGUCUCCUGGCACAUCUCUCCACCUGUCUCAGCAACGCCGACAGCAACUCUGCCAACCAGACAACAGCCAGCCAGUCAGUGCAAUCAGCCCAGACCACCACAACCCAGCUGCAAGUGCACAUCCUGCCGCAGGUUGAUGCCUCCACCAUCCAAGUGCAACAGUCCAACGGCAUCGUCUACAUGAACGCCAACGGCACCGCCCUCCAGCUCGUGCCCACGAGGCUGCCCAACGGAAACAUCGCUCUCGUCGCCGCCGGAGCCAAGAGCACCACCAGUGUAGUCAGCCCUGUCUCGUCGCCCUCAAGCUCGCCCGCGCCGUCUUCGCCUCUGCCAACGCUCAUUCCCAUCCCCCAGAGGACCGCCAGCACCGCCUCCGCCUCGUCUUCGACCUCCUCGACGAGCUCGACCUCCACCUCGGCAGCCAGCCCAGUGGCCUUCGAGGCGCCGCCAUCCAACUUCCGCGAACAGUCGCAGUCGCCUAUCGCCUACACCAACGUCAGCCACCGCGACGUCGCCACCUCGCCGGCCACCACCACCGGCUACACCAGCGACCCGGAGUUCGACCCCCGCGUCUACAGCCCACCUCUUCAGAAACCCAUCAGCCUCGUCAUGAGGAAGAGCGUGAUCAAGGAGUCCAUGGAGCAGAAGUACUUCCGACCCUGGUAA